AUGGCCAUUGCAAAGAGUGCUACUAUUCUUAUUUUGUUCUUUGCAUUGGCCAAUUAUGUGAAUGCUGGGGAUAUCUCAAGAGUAAGGCCACCCGUUGGCCAAGAUAUUUUCGGGGGUAGAAAUCACGCUAAGGAUGUCCUCCUUCCAGGAGAAAAAAUAGUUAAUGUCUUGAGUUUUGGCGCCAAAGGCGAUGGCGUGACUGAUUGCACUCAGGCUUUCAUGUCGACAUGGCAAGCAGUCUGCAAACAACAGGGACAAAAUCGGUUUUAUGUUCCUCCUGGUAGAUAUUUGGUUUCUUCAAUGUUUUUUAUGGGACCAUGUCUUGCCCCACAUCCAGUAACAAUUCAAGUGGAAGGGACAGUUUUGGCUUCUACCGAUAUUUCGGAGUUCGAAAACUCAGAAUGGCUCAUGUUUGAACAUAUUAAUGGCCUAAAAAUCAUUGGUGGAGGUACUUUUGAUGGACAGGGUCAAGACUCAUGGAAAUAUACUGAGAAUUGUGAAACUAGCAAUCAAGCAUGUGCAAGAAACCCCAGUAGUUUGUUUUUCGCGGAAGUCCAAAAUGUAAUUAUAAGUAACAUUAAAUCACUGAAUCCCAAAGGCUUUCACAUAUUCGUUACUAAAUCUUCAAACGUUAGGUUGCGUAGACUUAAACUCAUUGCACCUGAAACUAGUCCCAACACUGAUGGCAUUCAUAUUAGUAGCUCAGUCAAUGUGAUUGUAGCUAGAAAUACCAUUCAAACCGGAGACGAUUGUAUCUCUAUGAUACAAGGUUCUGAAAAUGUUUUCAUCAACAGACUCAGAUGUGGACCUGGACACGGUAUCAGUAUUGGUAGUCUCGGAAAGUAUCCAAAUGAGCGAGAGGUGAAAGGUAUUAGUAUAAAGAACAGUCAAUUGAUCGGCACAACCAAUGGUUUGAGAAUUAAAACAUGGCCAGACAAAUAUGGAGGCGGAGCAUCGGAGAUAAGUUUCAGUAACAUUAACAUGACAAAUGUUAAAAAUCCAAUCAUUAUCGACCAAGAGUAUGAAUGCGAUGAUGUCUGCAAAAAGAAGCCAUCACUGGUGAGGAUAGCAGAUAUUCAUUUUGCAAAUGUAAGGGGAACUACAAUUUCACCAAUUGCAGUUGAUAUGAGGUGCAGCAAGACAUAUCCAUGCAUGGGAGUUACCAUUCGCGAUAUCGACCUGAAGUUUGGAAAUGCACCUUCACAAGCUAGAUGUGUUAAUGUUAAGCCUAUCUAUGGUGGCAUGCAAAACCCACCAGCUUGCCCAUAAAAAUUCUUGUUUUAUCAGUCAUUGCCAAAAUGUGCAUUUUGUAAGAAUGAUCCUUGAUUUUUUGAAGAAUUUGCUUUGGAUUCCAAUUGAACUAAUUAAAGACUGAUGAUAUUAUAAAAUCAAUCAAACAUCACUUGGUUGUUAUACUAGUUAUAUAUUAACAUGCAAGUCUAUGUUUCAUAAUACUAAUUUUCAAUCUUAUUACAAAAAUAUGAAGAAUUUAAGAAUAAAUAUCCAACUUAAAACUUUAUUC